UCAUCGUUGUCGUGUUGUGGUGAUCCGGCUCACCUGGCUGCCUGAACACUUGCUUGUUUGAAACUCGGUAAGUGACGACUCUUUGUUACCGCUCCUUUCAGACAAAGCAAAAAUGGCCUCGUGAGAAAUGACCAGUUUGGAGAAAUCCUCAUCAUUUGCUAGUUUUGCUGCGCUUGGAACUUGUACAACGAGUCUGACUCAAGCGGUUCUUCACACAAGUUUGUCAUUUUCACUAUGACUAAUGUUUUUUUUCCUUUUGACUUCUUCUUGUGAUUGUGUGAAUGGUUGUUUGUGUAUGUCCUGUGAUUGGCUGGCCUGCUGCUUUUCAAAAACAAGCAAACAUUGCAAACAAAGAAAAAAAAAACAGAAAUCAGGAUGUAGGCAAAACGCUUCACAAAACACUGUGUGUGUGUGCGUGUGUGCGUGUGUGCGUGUGUGUGCGUGUGUGUGUGUGUGUGCGUGUGUGCGUGUGUGCGCAUGUGCGCAUUUGUUAGCCCAGCUAUCUCCUGGCCAACCUGGGUGAUUGACUUUUAAAAUGUUAGUCAACGUGGCAUUUGUGUGUGGGUUGUUCCUGCCUGGCUGACUUUCUGAACUUGAUGUUUGCUAACCGACGCUUGCUGUCCUGGCGCACAGCCGUGCCUCCGCUCGCGCCAUUUGCUCGCUGCCCUCCGUCUUCCUUCCAAUGGAAUGCCACCGACGCCUCGGGAAGUGGCCGAGUGGUUUGGCCUCGCUGGUGGGCUUGACGGCCGCCGUGACAUUGGUGCUGCGCUGUGCCUUCUGGGCGGCGCCUCGUCCGCUAGCUGGCUGCCGUGCAGAGUCGCCGCUGUUGGUUGGGCCAAGGCCCGUCAAUCUCUCCUCAACGCCUCCCACUUUGGAGGAGAUUGGAAAGAGGAGCGCGUCGGUGCUGCCGGGCGGACUCUACCACCCCCCGGACUGCGAAGCUCAGCACCGUGUCGCCGUCGUGGUGCCGUACCGGAAGCGAGCGAUGCACCUCCGCGCUCUCCUGUGCCACCUGCACCCUUUCCUGCAGAGGCAGCAGAUCCACUACAGGAUCUACGUCGUGGAGCAGUGGGGUGACGGCACCUUCAACAAAGGCAAACUGCUCAACGCUGGCAUCCGGGAAGUUCUCCGGGAUGAAGACUGGAGCUGCAUCGUCAUCCACGAUGUGGACCUGUUGGCCGAGAACGACCGCAAUCUGUACACCUGCGACAAGUGCAAUCCCACACACCUGGCUGUGGCCAUCGACAAGUUUCAUUACAGAGUGGCUCUGGCGGGCAUGAAGGUGAUGCGCCCCCCACUGGCCAUUGCUCGUUACAAAAUGAUCAAGCAUCACAGAGACAGAGGGAAUGAGGAAAACCCGUAUAACUUUGUACUGCGGAAUAGAACUGCGCUGGCCUGGUACGUGGACGGCCUCAACUCUCUGACAUACAAACUCCUCUCCAAAGAGCAGGAGCCUCUCUACACUCGCCUCGCCAUCAACGUCGGAGAAAAGCCCCGCCCCUGGGUUCAGGAGGAAACGACACCAGACAAAACAGCCACUUCACCUGAUUGACUGAUGACUUGAUUAUUAACAUAGGCGAGUAGAACCCACUCUGGUGCACAGGAUCCUGCAAUUUUGUUUUAUCUUGAUGAAUAUUCACCCUCAAAACAAACAAAUAGUGAAGAGUACUUUGUUCCCAUUGCAAAACAAAUACAAUUAAGUCGGGAAAAAAAACAGGAAUGAGCCUUUUAAAGAUUACGUGUCACAGUAAUAAAUUCUUCUGUUUCACAUUUUACUCAUUCAGUUGUGGUCUACAUAAAGUGGAACUGCGAUGCUUUUGUCUGAAUUCCUCAUUUUGAUACCAUCACAGGUCCCUCUUUUCUACUUGUUCAGAGGUGCGGCUCAGAGCAAGCUGUUUUGGUGCGGUAUUUUUAAAUGCAAAUGAGAUACUUCACACCGCAAUUCCUCCAGGCUAAAAGAUGUGCGCCUCCCUUUCCGGUAGACAUAUUUGUAGUUUUUUGGUUGAGGUAGCGUUUACCUGUAUCACAAACUUAUUGAUUUAUUAAAAGAUGUCAACGCA